AAAGUGAAUCAUAGCUGGACAGUGAAGAAUUUCUCUCAUUGCUAUCAAGAAUACUUGGAGAACUUUGUGUAUUUAUCGAGAGGAGAUGAGACGUUGACGUGGUCGAUCAAAAUUUAUCCAAAGGGCAACGGCGAAAACAACAAAGACUUUGUGUUUUUGUGUUUGAAUCGUGUCGUGAAUAGCAAUGCUAAAUCAACGAAGAUCGGCUUCAAAUCGAGGUUCAUGCUUAGGACAGCGGAGCUUAAGGAGAUUGACAUGCGUAUUCAUCCGAACCCCUCACAUUCCGAUUAUGUCUCGUAUAUCAAAAGAGACAUUCUAUUCCCACAAAUACUACCGAGAGACUUGAUUAUUGUGAACGUUGAGAUCGAUGUUGCUGUAGAGACGAUCACUACAACGACUGAACCAAUAAUG